AUGGAGAGGGUUAAAGAAACGAAAAUUUUCUGCAAGAUUCGUGACAACAUGACCGACCCGCAUAAGGUAUACUGCGAUCUAGUGAUGAAUCUGAACUCGUGGGGUCAUUACGCACUCGGCAUGAAUAUUCUGGAUUUGAAUUGCUCAUUCGUAAAUCCUCGCUAUAUUUUUCUUUUAUUCAUAAUGGUCAGUUUCCUUUACGCGGACUUGGAAUCGUCGAUGUUGGCAGCGGAUUUGGAGGGAUUCGUGUUUAACAUUGCAAUGCUCGGUUUUGGCUUGCAAGGAUUCGCAAAAUUUGACGCGUACGUCUACCGGAAGAGGGAUAUGUAUGAGGUGUUCCACAUAACAACCGAUAUUUUGAUCAAACAUAAGAAAACGGAAAGGUUGAAUCGGAUUAUGAUCGACUGCAUGUCUUUUAAUACUAUGCUUUGGACAUUCUACAAGGUUCUUUACAUAGUAGUGUUUAUAGUGUUGUGCACGUUUGGAACAUUGCUAACCGUGUACAGUGGUGAAUUGCAGUUAUCAUUUGGGUUUCAGUUUUCAUUUAUUGAUACUACCAACAAGUCUGGAUAUGUUGUGACCUACCUUUAUCAAGUUACCUGCAUUUUUAUGCUAGUCGUCAGCUCAUAUUGCAAUGAUAUGUUGUUAAUGGUGAUAUAUAUCAAUGCGUUGUCCAUGUUUGACUGCAUCAUCAGUGAUCUGAAAGAACUCACAAAACUUUCAAAGCUGGAGAAAACACCCGCCAAUAAAUGCGCGAUGACAGAUCAAAUAAAGUCAGUAAUUAAGCAACAUAAGGAUGUUUCAGAUUAUCUCAAUCAAUCCAAUAAAGUUUUCAGUUUAUAUUUUUUCAUGAGCCUCACAUGUCUUACUGCUGCUAUUGCAGUUUUAAUGAUUGUAUUAGUGUGGGCUCACUGGUAUGCAGCAAUAUUUUUGAGCGUGCUUACAUCGUUUCAGAUUCUUGUUUUAUGCCUGCUGGGAACUUUACUUUUAAUGAAGGAGGAGGAAUUGAUUCGGGAAGUGUACAAUGUCACUUGGUAUGAUCUGACCAUUCCGGACCAGCAUUUGUUACGUUUGAUGCUCUUGAUGUCGCAGCACGCCAAAGGAAUUUCGUACCGCUUUGGUGUGAUGAACAUAGAAACAUAUGUGAAGAGCCAUAAGCUGAUUUAUAGUCUGUUCACUAUGCUGGUCACCACCCAGAAAUAAGGAGUAUAGCGUUUUUUGCUAGUAGCAUUGUAAUAUUCGUCAUGUUUGUUAGUUCACUCAGCAGCACAAGCUCACGAAAUGUGAUUGAUCUCAUGCCUUUCCAGCAUGGACGGGAUAAA